AGAGCCGUAGAAAGAACGUGCAGUCUAUGAAUUACUUUUCUCUCCCCCUGUUUGGGAGAAGACAAAAAUAACCGAGAAACCGAAAGAAAAUUCGGGAAAUAGAGACGAAGAUCGUCGUUGACGCUGCAGGUCAAAGAUUUGGUUUUUCAAUCUCUACGAGGUGAUUAGUCGCUUAAUCAUCAUCUUCGUCCUGGACUUAGCGUUGAUUAAAAGCGAAACGUAAUUCGGAGGUUCGAUCCAUCAAAUUGAAGUAGAGGCAAACCCUAGCUUGGAAAUUUUUGGGAUGGCCGGAAUAAUGAACAGGUUGAGGAAUCUCGAUGCUUACCCUAAGAUCAAUGAGGAUUUUUACAGCCGCACGCUUUCCGGAGGUGUAAUCACCCUUGUUUCUUCCAUCGUCAUGCUAAUUCUCUUCUUCUCCGAGCUUCGACUUUAUCUCCAUCCGGUUACCGCCACUCAGCUUCGGGUCGAUACAUCAAGAGGAGAAAAACUACAGAUCAAUUUUGAUGUUACUUUUCCUGCCCUUGCAUGUUCGAUCAUCAGCCUUGAUGCCAUGGAUAUCAGCGGGGAACAACAUCUUGAUGUGAAACAUGAUAUUAUAAAAAGAAGAUUAGACUCCCAUGGCAAUGUUAUAGAGGCAAGACAAGAUGGAAUCGGUCAUCCUAAGAUUGAGAAACCUUUGCAAAAACACGGUGGAAGGCUGGAGCAUAAUGAAACAUAUUGUGGUUCAUGCUUUGGAGCUGAGGCAUCCGAUGAGGAUUGCUGUAAUUCUUGUGAGGAAGUUCGUGAAGCUUAUCGUAAGAAAGGUUGGGCCCUCUCAGACCCUGAAGUGAUUGACCAGUGUAAAAGAGAAGGCUUUCUGCAAAGGGUAAAGGAUGAAGAAGGCGAAGGAUGCAAUAUUUAUGGGUCAUUGGAAGUAAAUAAAGUGGCUGGGAAUUUUCAUUUCGCUCCAGGGAAAAGCUUUCAUCAAUCAGGUGUUCAUGUGCAUGAUUUUUUAGUCUUCCAAAGAGAUAGUUAUAAUAUAAGUCACAGGGUAAACAGGCUGGCCUUUGGGGACUACUUCCCUGGUGUAGUGAAUCCCCUUGACGGUGCGAAAUGGAGUCAAGAGACACUGAAUGGAGUGUAUCAGUAUUUCAUCAAGGUCGUACCGACUGUAUACACAGACGCAAGAGGGCAUACCAUUCAGUCGAACCAGUUUUCAGUGACUGAACAUUUCCAGGGCACGGAAGCAGGACGGAUGAUGCAGCCACUCCCGGGUGUUUUCUUCUUCUACGAUCUUUCUCCGAUCAAGGUGAUGUUCACAGAGCAGCAUGUAGAGUUCUUGCACUUCCUUACAAACGUCUGUGCUAUUGUUGGAGGGAUCUUCACGGUAUCGGGGAUAAUAGAUUCGUUCGUGUACCAUGGCCAGCGGGCAAUCAAGAAAAAGAUGGAAAUCGGUAAAUUCAGCUGAUUUAUAUGAGCCUCCACAGGGAAUCAAAAAGCUGAUCCAUACGCCAGGGGAAGAACACAAGUAGUUUUAGACAUUGUCUUUUAAAGUAACAAUUUUUACAGUCUCGGAAAUUUGAAGUUUUGACAGUGUUUUCUUCCUUCCCCGGGUGGCGAGAAGGGCCAUUUGUAGAUCCGAUUUGUUUGUCGGAAAGAGUAAGCACAUCUUGAGAUCUUUCGUAAGUUUAGUCUUGUUUUUUUUAUUUCAAAGUAAAUGUUAGUGAGUAUUUAUCAUUAAGAAGUUAACAAGGCAAAGAGAGAAACAAACUUUGCGUUACAUUUUCA